AGUAUCCUUGAAUCACACGAUUAUGUGACAUCAUAAACAGCGUUGUUUAUCAAACAUUUUAGAUCAGAGUUUUGUUUUGCUUAUCAUUUUGGUCUUUACAAACCGAAUCUAAAUGAAUAAAUUUUUCGUCCUAUUGGCCUUCGCCGUUUUGUCCGUCACACUUGGAACUGUGACGUGCAGAUUGCGCUUCUCAAGAUGUCCACGGGUGCCGGCUGUGCGGAAUGUGAACAUGACUGAACUGAGUGGCACCUGGUAUGAGAUCGAGAAGUUUGACCUCACUUUCGAGCGACUGUUCCGAAGAUGCAACAUCCUCCACCUCAGCCAACCCAAAAACCAGACUAGUUUUCCUCACUUGAACGCUAUCAAACUCGGCAGUGACGGGAACAAGUUCUUCUCAAUCACAGGCACUCUCAGUCAGACAAGGUCCAGAAACGGAGACAUGGUCAUGAAGUUCAAGAGAAAAUCAGACCUGUUCGCCUGGCGAUUCCACUACAAGCUAGUGGAUCACGAUUCUGUUGCUCAUCAAUACGCAGUGUUCUACGGUUGCUCGCCUUCUUUUGGCUCCGAGUAUCUCUGGGUUUACAGCCGGAAGAAGUUUUUGGCCUUUGAUACCCUGGACGAUAUCAGCAGGAGGUUGCGUAAGAUGGGAGUCAAUAUGAACUCCGGAUUAACGGUGACUGAUCAAACAAACUGCGACUAAAAUCGAAUGGCUUUAUUGAUUUGUUGUGGGUGACUUCUUCCGCCCAAUAAUUAAAUAAAUAUUAAUAAUUAUAAUUUAAAUUUAUUCGGAAAUUUUUGAGAUA